CUCCCCUCCUCGUCCUCGUCGUCUGAGCCUCGUGUCUCCACUGUUUCCUUCCAUCUUUCGCUGAGCGUCUCGCCAGCUGGCCUGAUGAAUUUCUUCACCAGCUUGCGCGCGGCGGUCUCGUCGUCGGCAGCCCGACCCACCCAGCGCGUCCGCGUCCUGCAAUCACAGGCUGCCAAAGCCCGUCGCACCCGCGCGCUGCCCUCGCCCUCGCCCUUGGAUCGAAGAGCGUGCUACUCCACCGUCGUCGACUACUAUUCCCCCGCGGACCCAUUCGGCCCUCCCAGAGGCCCCGUCCUACAACAUCCCUUUGGCCAUGACCGAGUCCUGCUCGACAGCGAGCGCGAUGACUUUGGCGGCGCGUCUUCCUCAUCCUCAGCGCCCCCGUCCUCGUCCUCGUCCUCCUCGUCCUCACCUCCAGGCGGCGACGACGGCUCCGAAGGCGCUGACCCACCAUCCCCGCCACCUCCACCCACACCUCCAACGUCCAUAUCCCGCCAGUCCGUCCCGGAAUUCUACCCCCAGGUCCUCGCUCUCCCUAUCGCCCGUCGCCCUCUCUUCCCAGGUUUCUACAAGGCCGUCGUCGUCCGCAACCCCCAAGUCGUCGCCGCCAUCAAGGAGAUGAUGAAGCGUGGGCAGCCCUACCUCGGCGCGUUCCUCCUCAAGGACGAACAGGCAGACUCGGACGUCAUCACGGAUAUCAACUCGGUCCACCCCGUCGGCGUUUUCGCCCAGAUCACGAGUGUCUUCACGGCCAACACUGGACCAUCCAAGGACGAUGAUAAGGAAGAGGGCUUGACCGCUGUGCUGUACCCGCACCGCAGGAUCAAGAUUACCGAUCUCGUCAAGGCGGGGGGAGCUCCCAUGUCUACUGUCCAGGUCGAAAACGUCGAGCAGCAGCUGGAAUCCGUGAGCGAGGACCAGCUCCCGACGCCGCCGCCUUCCCCGUCACCGUCGCCGUCCUUGGACCCACCAGCAGACGCCGAGCUCAUCGAAGUUGAUGCGUCUGCCGAACAAGUCGCCAAAAUCCACCCGACGCCGCUCCAGACGUCCUUCCUGCAGGAUUUCGACAUCUCGAUCGUCAACGUCGACAACCUCGUCACGCAACCGUUCAACAAGGACGACCAGUACAUCCGCGCGUUCAUGUCCGAGAUUGUCUCCGUCUUCAAGGACAUCGCGCAGCUCAACCCGCUCUUCCGCGAUCAGAUCACGAACUUCUCAAUCAACCAAGUCGCGUCGAACGUCUUCGACGAGCCGGACAAGCUCGCGGACUUCGCGGCCGCGGUGUCGACGGGCGAGGUCGGAGAGCUGCAGGACGUGCUUGAGUCGCUACUGGUCGAAGACCGCUUGCGCAAGGCGCUGCUCGUGCUCAAGAAGGAGCUCAUCAACGCGCAGCUGCAGAGCAAGCUCUCGCGCGACGUGGACAGCAAGAUUGCGAAGCGUCAGCGCGAGUACUACCUCAUGGAACAGCUCAAGGGCAUCAAAAAGGAGCUCGGCAUGGAGUCGGACGGCAAGGACAAGCUCAUCGAGAAAUUCAAGGAGCGCGCCGCGUCGCUCAAGAUGCCCGAGCCCGUCAAGAAGGUCUUCGACGAGGAGCUCAGCAAGCUCAUGCACCUCGAACCCGCCGCGUCCGAGGCGAAUGUCACUCGGAACUACCUCGACUGGCUCACACAGAUCCCUUGGGGCCAGCACACGCCGGAGAACUACUCCAUCGCGCACGCGCAGGAGGUGCUGAACGAGGACCACUACGGCCUCAAGGACGUGAAGGAGCGGAUCCUCGAGUUCCUCGCUGUCGGGAAGCUCCGCGGCACCGUUGAGGGCAAGAUCAUCUGCCUCGCGGGACCACCCGGCGUGGGCAAGACGUCGAUCGGCAAGUCGAUCGCGCGCGCGCUGAAUCGCCAGUUCUUCCGGUUCUCAGUCGGAGGGCUCACGGACGUGGCGGAGAUCAAGGGACACAGGCGGACGUACGUUGGUGCGCUCCCGGGCAAGAUCAUCCAGGCUUUGAAGCGCGUCGGCACGGAGAACCCGCUCGUGUUAAUCGACGAGGUCGACAAGAUCGGUCGUGGGAUCAACGGCGACCCUGCCAGCGCCUUGCUUGAGAUGUUGGAUCCCGAGCAGAACACUGCGUUCCUGGACCACUACAUGGACGUUCCCGUCGACCUGUCGCGCGUCCUCUUUGUCUGCACGGCCAACGUGCUCGACACCAUCCCGGCGCCCCUGCUCGACCGCAUGGAAGUCCUCGAGGUCAGCGGCUACGUCUCCGAGGAGAAAUCGGUCAUCGCGGACAAGUACCUGGGGCCCCAAGCCAAGGAGGCGUCCGGCCUCAAGGACGCCGACGUGACGCUCGAUCCCGCGUCCGUCGACAUGCUCAUCAAGUACUACUGCCGCGAGAGCGGCGUCCGCAACCUCAAGAAGCACAUCGACAAGAUCUACCGCAAGGCCGCGCUCAAGAUCGUCCAGGACCUUGGCGAGGACGCAUUCCCGGAGGCGCGCGCGCUGCCUGCGGCGCCGACGGACGAGCAAGGCGAACCCAAGACUGUCGAGGCGCAGGACGCGCCCGAGGCGUCGACGCCUCAGGUGGACAAGGCCGAGGAGCGUAAGGCUGUGACGACGGAGCAGCGCAAGCCGUUCGACGUGCCCGCGUCGGUGCACGUGCGCAUCACCCCGGAGAACCUGAAGGACUACGUCGGGCCACCGAUCUACCACAAGGACAGGAUGUACAUCCGCCCUCCGCCACCCGGUGUCAGCACCGGGUUGGGAUACUUGGGCAACGGAUCCGGCGCGGUCAUGCCCGUCGAGGCUACCAGCAUGCCGGGCAAGGGCGGCCUGCAGCUGACCGGUAAGCUCGGCGAGGUGAUCCGGGAGAGCGCGCAGAUUGCGCUGAGCUGGGUCAAGAGCCACGCGUACGAGCUGGGGAUCACGGAGAACCCCACGGACCAGGUGUUGAACGACCGAGAUAUCCACGUCCACAUGCCCGAGGGCAGCAUCGGCAAGGAGGGCCCGAGCGCAGGGACCGCGCUCCUCUCCGCGUUUGUCUCGCUCUUCACGAAGACGAGGGUGAACCCCGAUAUCGCCAUGACAGGUGAGAUCUCGCUCGUGGGCCAGGUGCUCCCGGUCGGUGGCCUGAAGGAGAAGAUCCUCGCGGCGCACCGCGCAGGAAUCAAGACCAUCCUCGCGCCCGCCGCGAACCGCGCAGACAUUGAGGAGAACGUGCCAGAGAGCGUUAAGACCGGCAUUCGCUUCGUCUACGUCGAGGAUGUGCGGGAGGUGCUGCUCGAGGUCUUCAAGGGGGAGCCAAUUGCUGAGCGCUGGAAGGACACGCUCGCGCCGUAGGCGUGGUAGUCCCUCGAGGCGAAGGCGGUCGCGUGCGAUCGCCCUGAAAAUGAGCGUGCUUGCCAGGCGGCGGCGUCUUAUCUAUCUACCAACCCUACCUCGUAAUAAUCACUCACUCGCUCUGUCCCUCUCUCUCUCGUCGACAGCUGUCCACACUGCUUCCUAGAGCGCAUUUGGUUGCUUUUGACGUCUGACUCGCAAUCGUUUCAUUGUAUUUUAGAUGUUUUUUUUGCACACCCAACUCAUGACGCAUGUAUCUGC